ACGGACUAGGUCGAAAUUGGCACCGCGCGGAUGUUGUUUCCCCAUUCUGGUGUGUUAGAAUUGUUUUUACAUUGUAAACACUGGAUAUAGGUUAUUUCUUCGAAAUAUUUAAGGACCAAAGCCCAAAUCUGGAGCCCUGCGCUCACUCUCUCUUCUCAACAUCUGGCACCUAGCAUCCAACCCCUCUACUUUGUACCUACAGUACACCCUGAACUCCCCCUCUCUCUCUGUCUGUCUCUCUGUCUGUCUCUCUCUCUCUCUGCACCCACCCCUCCCAGCUCCCCCCUCAGUGUCCCUGAUGCGUAAGAACAGUAAGGUGACGCAGCGUGAGCACACCAAUGAGCAUGUCACAGAGUCGGUGGCAGACCUGCUCGCUCACGAAGCGCCGCUCGACUACAAGAACAGCUCUCUGAAUGUUGGAGGGGUCCCCGGGAAGAAGAUUGUUCUCGAGCCCCCCGAGAACGAUGGCCGCCCGGCCUGGAACAGCAAGCUUCAGUACAUUCUGGCCCAGGUGGGCUUCUCUGUGGGGCUAGGAAAUGUUUGGCGCUUCCCUUACCUAUGCCAAAAGAAUGGAGGAGGUGCCUACUUAGUCCCGUAUUUCAUCCUCCUCAUCCUCAUCGGCGUCCCGCUCUUCUUCCUGGAGCUGGCGGUGGGCCAGAAGAUCCGACGUGGGAGCAUCGGGGUGUGGAACUACGUGUGCCCCCACCUGGGCGGGAUAGGGGUGUCCAGUCUAAUGGUGUGUGGCUUUGUGGGGCUCUACUACAACGUCAUCAUCGGCUGGAGCAUCUUCUACUUCUUCCAGUCCUUCCAGUACCCACUGCCAUGGGCCGAAUGCCCUAUCAGGAGGAAUGGAUCAUUAUCCAUCGUGGAGCCUGAGUGUGAGAAAAGCUCAGCCACCACCUACUUCUGGUACCGCCAGACCCUGAACACCACCAGCACCAUCGCAGACAGCGGCGGCCUGAACGUCAAGAUGACCCUGUCUCUGCUGGUGGCCUGGAUCAUCGUCUGCCUGGCUGUCAUCAGAGGCAUCGCGUCCUCUGGGAAGGUGAUGUACUUCAGCUCGCUGUUCCCGUACGUGGUGCUCUUCUGUUUCCUGGUGAGAGGUUUGCUGUUGAAGGGUGCUGUCGAUGGCAUUGCACACAUGUUCACUCCCAAGCUGGAGAAGAUGCUGGAGCCCCAGGUGUGGAGAGAGGCAGCCACCCAGGUGUUCUUUGCCCUGGGCCUGGGCUUCGGUGGAGUUAUUGCCUUCUCCAGCUACAACAAGAUAGACAACAACUGCCACUUUGACGCCGUGCUCGUCUCCUUCAUCAACUUUUUCACCUCCAUCCUUGCUACUCUGGUUGUUUUCGCUGUGCUGGGCUUCAAGGCAAACCUAAUGAACGAGAAGUGUGUCAUAGAGAAUGGAGAGAAGAUGCUUGGCUACCUGAACUCUAACGUGCUGAGUCAUGACCUCAUUCCGCCACACGUGAACUUCUCCCAGCUGUCCACAGUAGAAUAUGCUGAGAUAUACGGUGUCAUCAAGACGGUGAAGGAGGGCAGCUUCGCUGAGCUGGGCCUUGACCCCUGUGUCCUGGAGGAUGAGCUCAACAAGUCUGUGCAAGGUACAGGCUUGGCUUUUAUUGCCUUCACCGAGGCCAUGACUCAUUUCCCAGCUUCUCCCUUCUGGUCUGUCAUGUUCUUCUUCAUGCUCAUCAAUCUGGGCCUGGGCAGUAUGAUCGGCACUAUGACAGGCAUCACCACGCCCGUCCUCGACACCUACAAGGUCCAGAAGGAGCUUUUCACAGUGUGCUGCUGCAUCAUAGCCUUUUUCUGUGGCCUGCUCUUCGUCCAGCGCUCUGGGAACUACUUUGUCACCAUGUUUGAUGACUACUCCGCUGGUCUGCCUCUCACUAUCGUGGUCAUCCUGGAGAAUGUGUCAGUGGCCUGGAUCUACGGCACCAAGAGGUUUAUGCAGGACCUGGAGGACAUGUUGGGUUUCCGGCCCCACGCCUUCUAUUUCUACAUGUGGAAGUACGUCUCCCCUUGUUGUCUCAUCAUUCUCAUCACAGCUACCGUUAUCGAGAUGGCCAUCAGCCCUCCAGGGUACAACGCAUGGGUAGAGGAACUGGCUCAGGAGCGUUUCCAGAGCUACCCUCCCUGGGCAUUGGCCAUGUGCUUUUCCCUCAUCGUGGUGGCCAUGCUUCCUCUCCCCAUCGUCUUCAUCGCCCGCCACUUCAACCUGAUGACCGACGGCUCCAACAAGCUGUCCGUCUCCUACCGCAAGAGCAUGAUGAAGGACAUCUCCAAUCUGGAGGAGGUGGAUGAGACGCGCUUCAUCCUGGGAAAAAACCCAGGAGAGACGCCCUCGCCUAAGCCCCCAUCCCGAGCCUACCUGGGCCCCCCGGGCACCAACCCCCUGGAAAACCCCAACUCCCUGUCCCCCAACAGCUGCUAUGGGACAGGCUACCAGAACGCCAUCAGCCCCACAACCCCCACCACCCCUGUCACUCCCACCACCACUGAGUCCGACUCAUGAUCACUGUCCAUCUUCUUCAUGUCCCUCACCCUAGCCUGACCCUAAACCCCUAAUGAUCUCUCCCUCCUAGGCCAUCUCACCCUCAACCCUACAGAGUCUCACCACCAGGGGGUGCUGCAGCGCUGCCCAAAACACCACAACCACCACCCUCACAUGCUCUGAGUGACCCUUAUCGCAGGACAGCCCUCUCCCCCUCUCCGCUCCUCCCCAGCCCCAAAGGUUAGAUUUUACUGCAGCAGGGGUGGCUGCCACACAGGCCUCUGCUUUGAUAAGGAACCACAUGUUCAGGUGUCUGAGAUGUUGCAGUGGUAUGUAUCAAUCCCUACUGGAGGGUAUGCAAUGCUGGACAUGCAGUAUGUUUUGGUCUAGAUCAGGGUUCCCCAAUAGGUGGCCCGCAUGUGAUUUUAUUUUGCCCCCCAAUUUCUCAGAGCUAUUUUUUUUCUCCAAAUAUUUUCAUUGUUGGACAUAAAAGACUGUAAAAUCAUCAGGAAAUCAGCUCAAAGUGAUUUUAAUUUAGGAUGUCUGUUCCCAAGUAUUCCCACGCAUAAAUAGAAAGGCAUAUUUGAUCAUAUCCCAAUGUAAUCAAGGUUUGAAAUUAUUCUGUUUUUGUCAAAUACUAUAUCUGUUUGGGAUUCUUGCAGUCAAUUUGCAGUGUACAAAUUAUUUAUAACUAUGUUCCGGCUCCCCGACCAUCCGCUCAAGGAAUAAUCGGCCCACGGCUGAAUGUAAUUGGACCCCUGGUAUAGAUGUUUUUAGAGUGGUAGGAGAAGAGGCUCAAUAGAAAUGGACCCAAGAAAAUAACAUAUUUAUUUCCCCCCUCACAAAUAUUGAUAGGUAAUAAUAAUGACACUAUAAAGUACGAGAUUGACAGUAACCUAAUAACCUCAUAACAGGUUAACAUUUGCAUAAUAUUUGGCCCCUAGGGAGUGUUAUAUGGUCUGCUUUUCAUGCUUAUUGUAGACAGAGGUCAGGGGAAUGUAGAGGAACCUCAUAUUUACAUUGCCAUUAAGUGACAACUGAAUGUGAGUAGCUAUAUAUGUUUGUUGCAGGUUUGAAGCCUUUGAAACUUUGCAGUUCUCCAUGUCAGUCCUCUAUAUCAUAUUAUAGCCAUAGAGUGUGGUUAUGCUUUCCCUUUAUUUUAUGUGGAACAUUUCCUUGUAAUUUAGUGUGCCACUGAAGCACUUGAGUGAACCACUGCUCUUGACACACCACUUUUCGCUUCAAUGCUAUACCUGCUUCAGCUAAAAGUGUUUAGAGGCAGGAACAAUAUUGUUUGGCAUUGGUUACAAUGCCAACAGUCCAGAGGGCUCUGUAUAUUUUUGAAAGAUUAUGUGCAAGGCUGCUGUAAAGCCACUGUCUUCAUUGUCUAUUUGC